AUGCUUUUCUUUACGUUUUGUGUAUUCAUCGCGCUGCUUCAGAGCGUUGCCUGUCAGAGUCAAUGCGGGUCAACAAAUGGGGCCUGCAGCUCAAACGGAUGCGCUGGUGUAAAUAAUCCUGGAGGUGUUGGUCAAUGUACAAAUGGUACAUACACCGGAUGUCCAUGUACCAACGUCUGUGGUACCACGAACGGCGCCUGCAAUCUUGGGUCCUGUGCUGGUAUUAAUAAUCCCGGCGGCUAUGGAAAAUGUACUGCAGGAAAAUACAAUGGCUGCUUCUGCUCCAAUAUUUGCGGAACGGUCAAUGGAUUGUGUAGUGCAGGAGGUUGUGAGGGUGUCCUAGAUCCUACCACCGGUUCAGGGAAGUGUACAGCGGGAGCUUACAACGGGUGCAAUUGCAAUUUGGACACAACAUCGUCGGAAUCCUCAUCGGCAUCAUCAGCAGCGGCCUCUUCAUCGUCAGCCCCAAGCUCUUCAGCCUCGUCAUUAUCAUCAUCAUCUAUCACUUCUUCAGAGACCACGACAACAAUCCAGCAAAGCGUCGUGAUUCUCACCACUACCGAAUGGAUCACAGUUCACCACACAACAACCUCGACAGUUUCAGACAUCAACUAUGUGACGACCGUGUCAGCCCUUCACCUUGGACGCCGUAUUGGACUCAAGAAUACAAUUGCAAGAGCAGUCACGGUCACUUCUGCAGGCUCCACGAGUUGGGUCACCGUUACUUCCUCGACGACUGAAAUGGGCCUUGUGUACCAAACGACAAAGGUCGAUGCUACCUACACCUCGUCCGGGACGUCUAUUCCUAAGACGACUUCGGGGAGCACGACAAGUUCGACAAGUUCGGCAUCAGUUGCAAGCGGGACAACGACGAAAUCGGGUUCCAGAAAGGGGUUUAGGGUAGACUUUUCCCUGGGGAUGUUGACCGCAUUGUCCCUUCUACUUGUAUUUAAUAUUUAG